AUGUCUCUGCAGUUCCUGCGGCUCCUCAAGUCUCCCUCCAACCGCUUAGCCCGUGCCUUGCCGACCCUGGGAUCGCCGGCAAUCUGCUUGUCCGGCGAGCUCCACUGGCACGCGCACACACGCGAGGCCGGGCGCGAACUAGUGGCCAAAGGGAAAGGGAGCGGGGCGCCACCCGACGCGGGAGAGGAAGCCCGCGAGGGUGAGGUAUGGGCGGGGUGGCGGGAUGCGCGAAGGGGCCGCGACCCCGGAUCCGGCAGGCCUGAGCGCGACGCUAGGCGCGCGGAGAUGCAGACCCUCCGGCGGCUCCCGGCGCCCCCUGGCGGCCAGUGGGGCCGCGCGGGCUCUCGAAACAAUGCCUCCGACCGCGCGGGCCGAGGGCAGCCUGGGUCCCCAGCCUCUCCCGGGCACUCGGCCGCUCACCGCCCCGAACCACCCCCACUGGCUUCCAGCUCCUUGUUUCCCAGGCUCUUGACCGCCGAGGGCGUCUGA